AUGUCAUCGAGUGAUAGCCAAUCGUUGACUUAUGAGUCAAUCUUUGAGUCUUUUGGCCGACAAUUCCGGUCAAAGAAGUCAUUGAAAUGCGAUUACAGUGAAUGCAAUAAAACUUUUGGCACUCAAAGCCGAUUAGAUGCACACAAACGCCGCAGACAUGCCGUACAAGACAUCACUCCUCGGGAACCGAUUGUUAGCUCAACCGAUGCCAGAGACCAGUCGACGACAGCCGCAGAUGACGGCCAACAACAGUUAAAUGCCAUACCAGUGGCCACCCAUUCAACCACUUCCAGUCUCGACAGCCAAUCGCUGGACAAUAUGUGCGAUGACGAUACAAAUAAUGGCACCGAAAUCGUGGACACAAUACCGACGGUAAAUACCGGCCAAACACUGUCACCGACACGGAGUGGUCAGCAAUUGGCCACAACUUCACUCAUAAACAACCCGUGCCUUAAUACUAUUAAUACAAAUACUAGUCACUCGUCGGCCACCGCUAACCCCCUCCGGACUAGUGGUCAAACUGUCUUUGAUUUGCCGGCAACUCAUAAGUGCCGUAUCGACGGCUGUGGCCUCGAGUUUUACAUUGAAUACACACUAAUCGCACACCAGAGGGCUGUCCACAAGACAACGGCGCCAACCGUUCACUUGAGGUACGACACGAGUGGUGUCGGCGACAGUCAUAGGGCCGUUGGUUUAGGCGUCGGUUGUGCUAAACCUGAUGCCAUCCAUGAGUGCAAACACUGCCACAAAACAUAUGCCACGAAACGCGAGCUCAAGAAACACCGCCGGAUUGUCCACUCGUCUGACGGCAAAGCGUACGGCUGUGCGCACAACGGCUGCGGCCUAUCAUUCGCCACAAUACCGGAGCUGAAGAAACACCGACUGUCUGUCCACUCGGCCACCGGUCGACAGUAUCGGUGCGACGGCUGCGCCAAUACAUAUCACAGCAAACGACGGUAUGAUAAGCAUAGGCUAACUGUCCACUCAACGGCGGCGGUCACUGAAACUGUCCAGAAGAUUACGGCUCAAGACAUUCACUUUGGAUACGGAAAGAGCGGUGUCAGCAGUGAUGGACCCGUAAAGCCCACGACUGUCCUACCGGUGCAGUCAAUCACUGCCACCACUGAUACAAACAAUAGUGAUAUGGACUCUGAUCUCGAAGUGAUAGACAUUAUACCGGCGCCCAAACCCAGCGUCCAUACAGUGCCGGUGCCUGCGAUCACUGGCCACACAUCAAAACGCUUACUAAUUGAGUAA